AUGACUUGUCCAAAUCAUAAUCAACACAGACGGACAGAAUCUGGCCUGGAUAGGAAUGUACAGCCUCGAAAUUAUGCUAAACAUCUUCUUCAACCUGUGCGAAGCAUGUUUAUUCAGACAUUGGAUACUCCGAAUCCCAACAGUUUAAAGUUUGUUCCCGGUGUGCCUGUUUUGGGAUCUGGUACAAUUGACUAUUCGUCAGCUAGGGAUGCUUUAACUUCACCCUUAGCCAAAAAUUUAUUUCGUGUUGACGGGGUUAAGAGCGUAUUUCUUGGACCAGAUUUCGUAACCAUAAGUCGAGCAGAUGACGAUAUAGAAUGGAAUACAUUAAAACCGGAUAUUUACGCCGUCAUUAUGGACUUUUUUGCUAGUGGUGCACCGGUUUUAAUCGAUUAUGAGCCUGCAACAGAUACUGCUGUACAACCUGAGGAUUCAGAUACUGUUGCAAUGAUUAAAGAAUUGCUCGAAACCAGGAUACGGCCAACUUUACAAGAAGACGGUGGCGACAUAGUAUAUAUGGGUUAUGAUAAUGGCAUAGUAAAGCUAAAAAUGCAAGGUGCAUGUGACUCAUGUCCCAGUGCAACUGUAACUUUAAAACAUGGCAUACAAAAUAUGCUACAGUUUUAUAUUCCAGAAGUCGAAGGUGUUGAACAGAUUACAAUGAGGAAUGAUGCUAUAUACACGUACACGUAUAUGCAGAUGUGCGAAUAA